CAACGGCAACCGCGGCACCGUCAAUGACUGAAACAGCGCCUGAUGUUGAUGGAUGCGCCAACGAAAUUGGUGCUACUGAUGAAAUUUGCGUGGUUGAAAUGCUGCAGCCGAACGACACUGUCAGAAACAAUAAACCACACAGCAGUCCCUACUGCACCAACAGCAGACGAGCUACAAGGGAUGCCUGUCGACGGCGUGGCAGCGUGGGUGGUAAAUGCAUUUGGCCUGCCACUGACUGGCUGCGCAAGUUGCGCAACAAUCAGUCACAAGAACAGCAGCUGCAGCAGCUACCAGAGCAGCAGCAAGAGCUGGAGUCACGCACCAGACGCAACAGCGUGCUUCUCAUGGUGCUGCUCAGCGGCAACGAUAUGGAGGCCAAGGCGGUAGUUGUCAGUGAACAGCAGGCCCUAAAGACUACGCCCCAGCGUUUAUCUCGAUCGCCUGUCGAUGACAUGGACGAAGCCAUCGAUGCAUUGUGGCUAUAAAUCCACCACAACAGCAACAGCAACAACAAC